AUGUCAGUCAGAGAUCGCGUCGCCAUCGUUACGGGAGCAGGCGGGGGCCUCGGCCGAGAGUACGCUCUCCUCCUCGCCGCCAAGGGGGCCAAGGUAGUUAUCAACGACUAUGGAGGCACGCUGGAGGGCCAGUCUGGGGAUAUUUCGCGUGCUCAGAGCGUCGUCAACGAGAUUGUGGCCGCUGGGGGCUCUGCCGUCGCCGACGGGCACGAUGUGUCCGACAAGGCCAGCGCCAUCAAGAUUGUGCAGCAAGCGGUGGAAGCGUUUGGACACGUCGACAUUCUCAUCAACAACGCGGCCAUCUCGGGCAGCCCAAGUUCUCAUGCCGACCUAGACGGCCCGGCAUUCAUGCGCGUCAUGGAGAUCGCGGUGCUGGGCUCGCAGUACAUGACCAGCGCCGUAUGGAGCCAUAUGGAGAAGCAGCAUCACGGGCGCAUCAUAUAUGUGGCCUCGGAUGCCAUCUUUGGCUUCGGCGCUGGCGGCGACAAUGCCUAUACCGCGUCUAAGGGUGCCACCUUUGCCAUUGCUCGUGACCUCGGUCGCUUCUCCGAGCAGUACGGCAUCAAAGUCAACGCCGUGCUACCGUCCGGGUCGACCCGCAUGGGGGAUCUAUCCGAAGGCUCCAAGUUCAUCACUAGAACCUACUUCGAAGCGAGGAAAUGUGCACCAGCCGUCGUUGCUCUCGCCUCGGACGAGUGCCCCGUGUCGGGAGAGUGCUUCACGGCUGCUGCUGACAGGUCGGCACGGGUGACGUUUGCGACGUUCCCCGGACACACGCACGAGUCUACGCCCGAAGGAUUCAUCAAGAACUGGGACAAGGUCAUGGGCAUAGAGGACGACGUUUACAUACCUCGGAGCACCCUCGACCAUGUGCGCUAUGGAGUCAAGCUGGCGUCCGGCCUCGAGGUCAGCGAUAUUCCAGGGUUUGGUAUUAUUCCAAAGAGCACAUGA